AAAAAGUGUUGUAUUUUUGAUUUCAACCAAUGAUACUCUUUGGCGUGGUGUCCGCGGUUUUGAAAAUUGUUUUGAAUUUGCAUGGAUUUUUACGUAAGAUGCUCUUGAGCUGACAGAAUUUGCGUAUUUUUUUGUUGAUCAGUAAGAAAAUGUCGCAGAGAAACCUUUCGCAAGAUGCAUCUGAGGAACGGCUGGAUGCCUUAGCGUCGGAAACAUUAAGAUACUUGUUAGGAUUGGCACAUACUAAGUUACCUGUGAAACGACAAGAUAUUACCAAAAAUGUGCUGAAAGAUUAUAGUAAGAACUUCAAGGCAGUUAUGGAGAGGACGAAAAGAUUUUUAAAUGAGGACUAUGGCAUUGAUGUUGCUGAAGUUGGUACAUCAGCUGGAAACAAAUCUUACAUACUAAUAAACCAGUUUAGGUACAAAGAUAUACCAAGUUCAAGCAGAUUUGUAUCAGAUUCUAUGAAGUCUCAACAAAUACUGCUUAUGAUUGUCCUUUCCUUUGUAUUCAUGAAGGGAGGUGUAGUUAAAGAAGAUGUGCUGUGGGAAUUUCUUAUAAGACUAGGCUUAAUUAAAAAAGGAAGCAACGCCAUACAUGAAAGAUUUGGGGAUGUUAAUAAAUUUGUGUCUCAGGAUUUUAUUCGACAACUGUAUCUGGAAUAUAGAAUUGUUCCAAAUACAGAUCCUCCAAAACAUGAAUUUGCUCUUGGAAAGCGGGCAGAGUUAGAAGUUUCAUAUCGUGGCCUCUUGGAAUUCAUGAGCUCUGUUUAUGGAAACUCUAACAUACAAGUGUGGAAUACCCAGUAUGAAGCUGUUAUGCAGCAAGAACAUAUGUGGAUGCAAAGGAAUCGUGGGGGAAAUGAACUAUUCACUUGUUCACAAUCCUCAACCCCGUCUGAUACAUCGCCACCUUUGUCCCAGACAGCAACAAAUUCAUCUUUGCGGUCCAGACAGUACUCAUUGUCACAACCUGGUCCUUCUGGCUUACAGAGCAGAGGAGCAGGCAGCAGCAGCAGCAGUCAACCAUCUGGGACAUUCUUGCAUCCAUCUAGCCUUUCCCAAACAAGACAGCGCAGCAGAUCCAACACUUCUUCGCAAGGGCCAGUGAAAAAAUUGCGGAGCUAACAGUGACAGAUGAUACGUUGAAGAGGAGAGAAGUUCUUGUACUACUUUCCAACUCCUUUUUUUUCCCACAGACAUUGGAGAUAAUGGCACAUUUGUGCAGGGGCAAGUAUGAAAGCUCAGUGUUCAUUGGUUUUACUACAAAUAAAUGUAAUUUCCAUGUACAAAUUUUUUGCAGAGGACAAAAACUGUUGGUAUAAUACCUUCUGCAGAUUCCCUAUGCAAAUAUUAUUAUUAGAGAGAAAAAUCAAUUGUUAAAAAGCAUUGUCCUCAGAUUGUUAAGUGUAAAUGAAUGUGUAAUCCUUGUAUUUUAUGACCGAAAUGUCACACAGUAAGCUUAACAUGCUUAACUCUAAUUUGAAAAGGUUAGUUUCUUUUGACCUUUCUCAAACAGUAUUUAAAGUGAUUAGUUCUUUAGCUAAUUAUGUGAAGUAAGAAUUUGGAAUUAAUUGCAGAUUUUGUUCUGUAAUUAAUCUGUUCCUCUGCAUCCUUGUACCUCAUCUUUUUUUCUGAGUGUCUUGUGUAAUUUAUAAGCAACUUCUACCAGGCAAAUCAGUUUUCAGAAACUUUAUUAUUUCAAAAUAUUUGGCCUUUUUAACAGAUUAUGUCUUUACAGGUGUUUUAGUAUUCUAGUCAAAUAAUUCUUUCAUUGUUAAUUCAGGAGUGGAGUCAUUAUCAUAAGCACUAUUUGAUUAAUGAGUCCCUUUUACAUUUCAUUUUGUCCAGUUCCUCACUGUGUUAAAGCAUCAUACCAAUGUUUAUAAUGGUGAGCUUGAGGUACAUCUGGAGGCUAUAACUGGAUUUGGCAUGUACAAGCGAUCUUUUGAAGGUUUCACUUCUUCAUCAUAAGAUGAAGGAGGGAAAAUUGUUCUGAAACAUGUGGUGACUUAUGAGAUGCUGGUACACAUUUGGACUUUGAAAGCCAUUGUUUAGUUUGUCCUUUUGUGUAUUUACUUGUGCGUAUCAACUAAUUCCACAACAAAAGUAGCAGACAGUGGUUGACCAAUGCCAAACAUCCACAAGCAUCUUUAGUAGUUCAUAAUUCCCAUAAGAUUUGUCAGUAGGACUUAAUAUUAGGUAUGUUAAGCAUACUAUCAGAUAGUUGAUGAUAUCACAUUGCAGUGGCUGGCACCCUUUUUAACAUUUUUAAUAGCUAAAUUUUUUCCAUUACUUGACUGUUGACAUUGGUCUGCUUGAACAGAUUUGAUGAGAGUAAACACCUCUUUUAGAACUGGUUUUUGAAAAAU